AUGGAUCUCGCGCUCUACAAGGACACAAUCGUCUCUCGCGGGUUUACAUACCACUACUUCUACUCCCCCGCCGCCUCAGGCCAACCGACGCUGCUGCUCGUACACGGCUUUCCGUCAAGCUCGUAUGACUGGCGACGACAGGUCGCGUAUUUUCAGCCCAAGGGCUACGGGAUCCUCGUCCCGGACCUCCUAGGGGCCGGGGGCACGUCAAAGCCGGAUAGCGCGGACGCCUUCCGCUUCGCGCUCAUCGCGCGCGACCUCGUCGACGUUCUCGAUGCCGAGGGGCUGCAGACGGUCGUUGGAAUUGGACACGACUGGGGUUCGGCCGUGCUGUCGCGCCUCGCGAACCUGUACAGUGGGCGGUUCCACGCCUUCGCGUGGCUGGCGCUCUCAUACUUCCCGCCGGCAUGGCAGACGUCUGGGCUUGCGGAUGCUGGUGCGAUGAGUACACAGUUUGGAUACUGGGAGUACUUGUCACGGGACGACGCGUUCGUGAUGACUGAGAAGAAUCUCGAUAGCUUCCUCUUGCUCGCCUAUCCAGAGACGCCGGACCAUUGGCACAAGUCGCUGGCGCCACUAGGCAAGACCCAAGUGUGGAUCGAGGCGAACCGGCAAACUGGGCUUCCCGAUUGGCUGCCUCAAGAGGAGUACGACGUCAUGCGCGAGAUACUGGCGAAUGCCGGACUCAAGUCCGUUUUGAACUACUACAAAGCCAUGGUCAGCGGUGCGAACGCUCAAGACGAGAAGAGCAUACCUUCGGAAGCGCAUAUGAUACAGAAACCAGCGCUGUUCAUUGCUUCGGCGUGCGACCCCGUGUGCACAGCGGGAGGGGGCAAAACGGUCAUGGCCCAGUAUGCCCCGCACGCAACGAUCGUGGAGCUCGACGUGGGUCACUGGCCGCAUCUGGAGGAGACCGAAAAGGUGAAUCUGGCGCUCGAGAAAUGGUUGGAAACACUCAACCUGGGCAAGCUCUGA